GAAGUUUCGCGUUUCAAAAUGGCUAGAAUGGUUGUGUUUUUGCUCGUUGUGAUAGUUACAGGGAUUUUAUUUGAGGAAGCAAAUUCCGAUGGGAACAGUACUAUAACUGAAAGUGAUCAUCUUCUUUCAAGAAGAAAACGUUUUCUGCUGUUCCCUGUAAAUGGAAAUCUCUUGAUUACAGCUUCCGGCGGUAAAGCAAUGAUUUUUAGAGGACCUGGAGGAAACGUUGCAAUUUUGGAGCUGGAUUUGUACUACCCCCUGCCAGAUUACAGGUACCGAAUAUCGCAGCUAAGAUUGGGUGAAAUAGCCAUGCUUCCAUCGGUAGCUCCUCCCCCACAAAAGCUAGUGACCACAACUACUACGCCAAUACCGAUUGAUUCUGGUGACCGCCACGAUGGUCAUGAGGUCUCACCCAUGGAAGUUCAUGAGUAUCUAAAGGAUCACCCGGAUACGUGGGUUCCUCCUGGCUACGGUAAAGACCGGUCCGACUGGUUCCCAGCUGGGACUUACAAUCCGUACGUGAACAAAUGGCGCCAAAGUUAUCCAAAUCCCCAACCAUAUCAAAGAACAUCUUGGAAACCAAGUUCAGCCAACAGCCAUCGGUACAUUCCUCGAAUGAAGCGAUCCUCCAAUUCUGGGGACCAACUCAAACAAGAAUUUGAACAAGAAGAAGAUCGCUUCAACAUCAGCCAUCAUCGGGACUGGGAACACUUCUAUCACUACCGAGAGCGUCGCGAACUGUACCACAUGCUAGAAACGGGACUUGGCAACAAGUUUGAUAUCGCGCUGAGAUCCUGCAUAAUGAGAGCGAUCUGCGAGGUGCGAAGCUUCCUGCAGCCACCGGGGAGGUCCAUGAUCAUGGAUCUUGUACGAAUCUUGUUCAGCGUUCCUCUGAAAGCGGACUUGAACGAUGAGUACAGCAAUGCGAUGCGAAGUGAACGGCUCGACUGUCAUGAGCUGUACGGAAAGCAAUGCCCGAUUAGUUUUUUGUAUCUUUUGUUGUUUGGAAAAUUUGUACCUUGA